UAACAUUGUGACUAUCACAUAGGGUGAAACGGAACGUGGUUUUUAACGAAUUUAUGAAUGGUAGAUUUCAAAUAAUUCGCGAAUUCCUUGAAUGAGGAAACAAACAAAAUGCUGAUAUCAGAUGGAAUCAAUCAUGGCAAAUUGCAAUCAAUAAUUGUGGGCGAAUUGAAAAAGGCAGGUCUCAAGCAUCGUUUAAAGAAAUAUAUUCUGAAAAAUGUUAAAGAUAACAAGACAGUGUUUGGAUCGCCGUUGGUUAAAGUUCCUUCAUGUAGCGUUAUUUGUUGCGGAAGUACCUUGAGUGUACCAGUUAUAGUAACUGAAAUGUCAUCAGUACUCAGAACAAAUGCUCACAUAGAGGGUUUGUUCCGGAAGGCGGGGUCACAAGCGCGCCAAAAAGAUAUAAAGCGAUUGCUUGAUGCCGGUGGCUGUGUCUCUGAAGGUCAUCAUCCAAUAGAUGUUGCAAGUGUACUAAAGCUCUACUUGAGGUGCUUGCCAGAGCCGCUGAUCAGUGCCGAGGUGCAGGACCUAUUAUUACGAUGUAGACUGACUGCAGGAGAUGAUGCACUGAAACCUAUCCUACACACAUUACUACUAUUGCCAGUAUUACACAUUCAUCUUUUACAUUAUGUUAUGGAGUUGCUAAGCUACAUCGCAUCGAAACACAAAGACAAUUUGAUGGACUCAUCCAACCUGGCCAUUGUGAUGACGCCGAGCAUCAUGCCCCUACCCGCAGCGGCUUCAGCACAAAGACUGGAACACCAUGUAGCACUAGUCAAGAUGUUCAUCGAAAAUGCGAAACAUAUAGGAUUACUGACUGAAGACCUCAUGAUGCAGUUGGAUGAUGACCCCGAUGCCUAUACAGCAAGACGAAAGAAAAGACGUAGCGGAUCACUUAAUAGAAUGCUAAGCGGUUUACGAAAAAUGGUAUCGGGAAAUGUCAAUACACCUGCAACAGUGCGAGAAAAUGGGAAAACUCCAAUUUUAAGCAAAUCUGCAUCGAAACGCAAAUACGAAUCCUAUGAGGGACUUUCUGCUAAAGUUAGGAAAGAAAUUACCAAAGGACUUCCACAGAAAGAGUUAUCUUUCACUCCUAUGAAGAUGGGCCUGGAGAGAAAAAGACUGCGACUCAGCUUAAUGGAUGCCAGAAGCACGCCAAUCAUCAACGCCGACUUCAGUUCACACAAAAAUUCCGAAACUAGUAUCAGCAGUGAAGACUUGCUCACUUCCUCUGAACAUUUGUUCAGCGCUCAUGAUACAAUAGACUUGUCUCCUGAUAUGAAACAACAAAACAAAGAUUACGUAAGGAUCUCUAAACAAGAAUAUGAGGAAAUAAAAAGCAGAGUGUCUGCCAUCGAAAACAGAUUGUCGAGAGAGUUCACGGAUGUCAUACCAAGAGUACAACCCUUACAGCAAGUCCAGAAUGUAUACGAACAAACACUAGAGGAAGUGGCAAUGUUGAACUGUGGGAAUUCCGAUCAUUUAGCCCGACGGCUUAGUAAAGAAUUGAAAAUAAGACCCACGGAAGAAGCUAAAAUUAUUCGAUCUCCUAGUGCCAGGAAAAUUGGUUCAAUUCGACGUCGCUCCAGGGAGAAUCUCACGAAAAUAGUCAGACACAAGUCGUGGAACGUGUCGUCUCAUUCACAGGCUAGUCACAUCGCGGAUAGAUUCUAUCCGUACGUAGGUUUAAAUCGUCAAAGGACGAAUACAGCGAAGCCAGAUUUAGCAGCACCAAAGGUCACUGUCUGUGAAUGGGACGGUUCCGCGUCAGAAAACUCUAUGAACAAUGUAUCCGACAGUAGUCAGAAGUACCGACAAAGGAAGCGAACCAGCUUAGCUUUGGAUUACGGACACCAAAAACCAGUUAGCAGAAUCCCUGCACGAAGAUCUUUAGGCGUGAUAAAUCAUAGUUUCGAUAACACCACUUCAGAUACUUCAAUGAGCAACACGUUAAAUUCCAGUGAAAAGUCUACCAAUUCUGAUCAAAAACAACACUAUCAAAACCUGGUAAAUAAAAACCUGAAUAAAUACGGUAAACAAAGUACAACAAAUCAAAAAUGGCGUAGCGCUGCAGCUUUCUUUAUGGACAAGACUGGUGAAGUGGAGAAUAUGGGUCCCACAGGAAGACCGUCAGUGAAUAAAUUACGGAAGCAAAAUGCGGGGGCAGUCAUGGCCAAAGCGAAGCUUUUUGAAUCCAGUUCUGAUAAAUCCUCUGAGAGAAACGACAAAAAUACACAUAAUGGGUUCGCGAGACGGCCAAGAGUAAGUGGUCAGCAACCAAACAGAGCACAAAAACUGGUAGGCCUUGUCAAACCUAAGGUACAGAAUGAAAACAUGCACGGUAUUCCAGUCAGACAUCCGAGAAAUGUCGCAGAAGUAACUCCAAUAUCAAAAACAUCGUACAAUAACGACAUUGAUUGGCGGAGUAACAGAAAGACUACACCGCCCAUAAAGAGAGUUGUUUCUCCUCAAUCCAACACAAACGUAACACCAACAAGAACUCCACAAAUUCCGACCCUGAAGAAAUCUUUAAUCGCACCCAAGACUGCUCGUAUUUUGGCGCCAAAUAACGACUUUAAGAAAGCUCACACACCACUGAAAGCAAUUCAUGUGUCACCGAGAAGGCGGUCGCCGCGACAAAAACUACAGCGCGCCAGUAUUCAAGGGAAUUAGUAUUAUCAAGUAUUAUAUUACUAUUUUAGCAAUGACCAACGUAAGAUAAUAUAUUUAACUGAUUAGUAAGUAAAUCAAUAUCGAGUAUAAUGUACACAAUUAAUGGCCAUAUUAUGUAAAUAUAACUAAAAUUCAACCUGUUUUUUUAGUAAAAUCUUUUAUAUCAA